AAUCGUUCGUGAUCAUUUACUCACCGCCCUUUACACGAUUAGUAUAGAUCAAAACCAGCUGUUACUGGGCGCAGUCUCUAGACUGGAUUCUCUUCACUUCCCUUCUCCCUAGCAGUAACGUCUGUGACGGAAGACUGUGUCUUCCUACUGCAAUGGAUACCUGGAGCUGGAACUUCAUUCCGCCCAUGAUAAGAGACGCAAUGUUUGUGCACUUUGACGAACCCCAGCAAUCUGGUCCCGUAUAUGCUCGGGAUGAGUUAAACGUGACUUCAUACAACACUGGGCAGUCCUUUACAGACGUCUCUGCCGAAAUGCACCGUAUCAGUGCCAUUGUUGGAGGCGUUGUUGGAGCUGUUUGCGCUCUUCUUUUUGCGCUCCUUUUCUACCUCUUCUGCCAACGGCGCAAGAGACUACAGAGGAUUGAGAAUGUGGUCGAACAUGGUGUCAAACAGGAGGAUUUCGACUCAUUUUCGUCUAAUGAUGGUCUCCAAGCUUCAUGGUUUUCACGGAUGCAUUCAAACUUCUCUUUUAUGCAAAAGAAAUCCACUCCAAGUUCACGAUUGGUUGAUCCGGGCGCGGGGAAACAGGCCCAUUCACCAUUUGCGAGGAUAUUCCAACGUGCGGACAUCAUCAGCAUCUCCCGCCCUGCCCCUGCUGCCCGUGGUCCUUUGCCAAACAUAAACUCAAAGGAAUUUGCGGAUCAAGAUCUGCCAUUUCUCGUCAUUCCUUCUUCAUCUACACAUAAUCGAAGAGAUUCCCUCGUGAUCCCGGUCAAUGGCAGAGGCCGCUCCAGUCGAAGGAAGGUUCAGAUUCCCCCACAGGCUGUUAUCGUUGGCCCUUCUUCUAUCUCUCGUCAGGAGACAGUGAAAGUCAGCAUCUCGGAUUGCUCAAGAUCUUCGAAUAGCCCCAAAUCAGAGAAACUCAGCAAAUUGCCAAGACUGUCGAAGAUUCUUCCCCCACUUCCCGUUUCCAAAGCCGGUAGCGGAGGUUAUCCCAGCACAGGGUGGAGAAACAGGUUGCUUUCGUGGGGGCUGAGACAAUAGAGGAUACCAGUCUGUGCCCAAUACUGAAAAGGGACGCCAGCUUUGGGUCAGCCCGCUCUCGUCAAACCUCCUUGAGGGAUCAUCCAGGGCUGCAGGCGGGGCCGUUGAUAUGGAGAGAGAUACAGGAGCUUCAGAGGGAAGUUAACUUGCUUCAUA